UCUUUUUCCUCCAAUGGGAUGUGAGGUCACAGCUGGGGAGGCCUAUGAUUUGACAGCUAAAUGUUUAUGUGAGUGCAACACUAGCAGACUAGCAGUUCAUCCUGAGGCAUACUGUAGUGGAGAGAUAUACAGCCGGCUCCACUGCUGCCAACCUACUCAAUGCUAACGGGACAGCAGCUCCAGGCGCGUUGGGGAAAACCAGGCAAUCCUGCUAAUGUUCCAUCAGCUGAGCUUCUAGCUGUAACCCCAGCAGGUGGUCCUCACUUCAACAUCAUGCUGCACCUCACCCUGCUCAUCCUGGUCCUCUCUCUCUCUCCUGCAGAGCCAUCAAUGUAUGGGGAAGUACCUGACUUUUAUGAAGACGAAGCCACAGGUUACGGGCCGGUGUUUGAGGAGCAGCCGGUGGAUACCAUCUACCCCGAGGAAUCGCCCGAGGCAAAAAUCACCAUGAGCUGCCGGGCUCGAGCCAAUCCACAUGCCACAUACAAGUGGAUAAUGGAAGACAUGGAAAUUGACCUGAAUGCACAUCAAAGCCACUACAGUUUAGUAGGAGGGAACUUGGUGAUUAGUAACCCCAUUAAAACCAAGCAUGUAGGACAGUACUCCUGUUUGGCUUCCAACAUGUAUGGAACAGUCAUCAGCCGAGAGGCCUCAGUCCAGUUUGGAUAUCUUGAUCUUUUCUCGUCUGAGGAGAGGGAGUCGGUGUACGUCAAAGAGGGACAGGGGGCAGUGCUGCUCUGCGCUUCCCCACCUCACUAUCCAGCCGAGCUGUCAUUCCGAUGGAUCCUCAACGAAUUCCCUACCUUUAUCCCACUGGACAAGAGGCGUUUUGUCUCCCAGAUAACGGGUAAUCUCUAUAUCUCCAAGGUGGACUCCUCCGACAGCGGCAACUACUCUUGCAUUGCGUCCAGCCAAUCCAUUUCCAAGAGCGUUUUCUCCAACUACAUCCCCCUCGUACCUCUGGCUGAGCGUCCCAUCCGGAAAUACCCUGCUGACCUCAAAGUCAAGUUCCCAGAUACCACUGCUCUGGUGGGGCAGAAUAUCACCUUGGAAUGCUUUGCUUUGGGGAACCCCGUUCCUGAGAUCCGCUGGAAGAAGUUAGACGGUCAGCUGCCACCCAAUCAUGAGGUGAGGAUGGCAGGGGCUCAUCUGCAUCUGUACAAUGUGCAGUUUGAAGACGAAGGCAGCUAUCAGUGUGAGGCAGUGAACUCGAGAGGAAAGGACUACCACGCUGCACGAGUCUCUGUAGAAGCUUUUCCUGAGUGGGUGGAGCACAUCAGCAGCACAGAGAAAGACCUCAGCAGCAGUUACACUAUGUCCUGCAUAGCCAGUGGCAAACCAGAACCACGCAUUCGCUGGCUGAAAAACGGAGAACUGUCUGACAGGAAAGAGAUGAGGUUCAGCAGUUUGACGUUUGACGAUUCAGGGAUGUACCAGUGCAUUGCAGAGAAUCACCACGGUGUCAUAUAUGCCAAUGCAGAACUGCGUGUUUAUGCCUGUGCUCCCACAUUUGAACACAACCCAGUAAAGAGAGUCCUGGCACCUAAAAACGGCCGGGUGGUGAUCCAAUGUCGACCCAAAGCGGCUCCAAAGCCCAACUUCUCCUGGAGCAAAGACACCGAGCUGCUUUACAACUCCACCAGGGUGUUUAUCUGGGAGGAUGGGAGCCUGGAGAUCCUCAACGUGACGCGAGCAGAUGAAGGCAGGUACACCUGCUUUGCUGAGAAUGACCGGGGCAAGGCCAACAGCACGGGCUCUCUGUUAGUUACAGACUCCACAAAGAUCACCAUGGCACCGUCAAAUGCUGACGUUAAAGUGGGUGAGGACACCAGGAUGCAGUGUGCUGCGUCCCAUGACAGUUCACUGGACAUCACCUUUAUCUGGUCCCUGGAUGGCCGGGUCAUUGACCUACACAAGGACAGUCAACAUUAUGAACGCACCCUGAAUGGAAGUUCAAAUGGCGAGCUACUGAUUAAGAACCUCCAACUGAAGCAUGCCGGACGCUACACCUGCACUGCACAAACCCCCAUUGACAAUGUCACUGCUUCUGCCCACCUUGUUGUCAGGGGUCCCCCUGGUGCCCCAGGUGGGGUGCGAGUGAUGAACAAAACUGACAAGAGUGUAACAUUGCAGUGGAGCCGGGGAGCAGACAACCACAACCCCAUCUCCAAAUAUACCAUCCAGUACAGAGACUCCUUCUCAAAGGAAGUCUGGAAGAAUGCCACUACAUCUCCUACAGAUGUAGAGGGGAAUACAGAGAUGGCCACAGUGGUGGAUUUGUUCCCCUGGACAGAAUAUGAGUUCAGAGUGAUUGCCACUAGCGCUCUGGGGACAGGAGAGCCGAGCAGCCCGUCACCUAAAGACAAAACCCUGGAAGCAAUUCCUGUGGUGGCGCCCUCAGACGUCGGCGGUGGUGGAGGGAGUAGCAGAGAACUAACCAUCACAUGGACGCCUGUACAGCCACAGUACUACUAUGGGCCUAAUUUUGGCUACAUUGUGGCCUUCAAACCACAAGAUGGACACGAGUGGAGUAAGGUGACGGUUGCUGACCCGCAGGCCAAGCGUUAUGUCCACAAAGACCCCUCCAUCCCUCCAUCUACAGAGUUUCAUGUCAAAGUCAAAGCCUUCAACAGCAAAGGAGAGGGACCCUUUAGCCUAACAGCUAUCAUUUAUUCUGCACAAGACGCUCCAUCUGAAGCUCCUGUAAGUGUUGACGGCAGAGCUCUCUCUGCCACAGAAGCCAUAGUGUGGUGGUUGCCUCUCUCACAGAGCAAUAUCGAUGGAUAUCAGGUGAAGUACUGGAGGAAUCAGGAAGACAGUGAGGGGCGGGCCCAGAGGGUGGUGGUACCCGGCAGUGAGAACCACACCAGGCUGGAGAGUAUGAAGCCUGACUCCCACUACCUUAUUGAGGUUCGGGGCUACAACUCUGCGGGAUUUGGGCCGGCCAGCGAGCAUCUCCAGAUCUACACCAAAAAAGCCCCUCCAAGUCGACCUCCCAGAAUAGCUGGUAAAAAAUUAAAGGGCCGGAAAGUAAACAUUGUCUGGGAACAUGUGGAACCACUUGCUAACGAGUCACCGGUGGAUGGUUACAAAGUGCUGUGCAGGCAGCAGGGCCACUCCACAGGCACUCUUUACACAACCAGUAAGCAGAGCAUAGACCUGCUCCUGCCCACAGAUGGGAACUACGUGGUGGAGGUCCGGGCGCACACAGAGGGCGGAGAUGGGGCUGUGGCACAAGUCAACAUCACAGGUGGAUGUGUCCUAUUUGCCCCGUCUCUCAACGUACUCUCACUGCUCCUGGUGGCUCUCCUCUGCCUGAACCUCUGAAUGUAGCGCCAUCUUUGUCUUCACUUUCUGUGAAGUAGACUCUUCAUGGUUGACGCCUAUGAGAACUUUGGGACUCUUUCCACAAUCUUUUGGUUCCACCCCAUAACCCGGGACGUCAUAUUCCAACUCUUCCCCUCUGGAAUAUGUUUGUGGGAAUAGACACAGAAAAGGAAAAAUUGGAAAUCGACAAAGACAUCCCUUAUUUAUCCACAACAAGCCUCUUUGGAGGAGUGUAAAAGGAGUUCUGUCAACUUUUUAAAUAUGCCUUAU